UCUCUCCAGCGCAGGGCUGCUGAGCUGCCAUGGGGAACACCACCAGCGAGCGGCUCUCGGGGGAGCGCCAUGGCUCCAAGGCGCACCGCGCCGACGGCUCCGCUGCUGCCCACUCGACCAAGGAGCACCCGCACAAGAUCAUGGUGGGCAGCACUGACGACCCCACUGUUUUCAGCUCCCAUGACUCCAAGGUUCCUGGAGACAAGGAGUUCGUGUCCUGGCAGCCAGAUUUGGAAGAGGCAGUGAAACCAUCCCAACAAGCUCGUCCCACUGUCAUCCGCUGGGCUGAUGGGGGCAAAGAGGUCUUCAUCUCUGGGUCUUUCAACAACUGGAGUGCCAAGAUCCCACUUAUCAAGAGCCACAAUGACUUUGUUGCUAUCCUGGACCUCCCUGAAGGAGAGCACCAGUACAAAUUUUUUGUGGAUGGCCAGUGGGUUCAUGAUCCUUCUGAGCCCGUAGUCACCAGCCAAAUGGGGACAAUUAACAACCUGAUUCACGUCAAGAAAUCUGACUUCGAGGUGUUUGAUGCUUUGAAGGUGGAUUCUCUGGAGAGCUCAGAAACCUCAGACCUGUCCAGCUCACCGCCUGGGCCUUAUGGCCAAGAGAUGUAUGUCUACCGGGCUGAGGAGCGCUUCAAAUCCCCACCCAUCCUCCCACCUCACCUCCUCCAGGUCAUCCUCAACAAAGACACCAACAUCUCGUGUGACCCAGCUCUGCUGCCUGAACCCAACCACGUCAUGCUCAACCACCUCUAUGCACUCUCUAUCAAGGACGGCGUCAUGGUGCUCAGCGCCACGCACCGCUACAAGAAGAAGUACGUCACCACGCUGCUCUACAAGCCCAUCUGAGCCGGAGCCCCGCUCGCCUCGCCACGCGGGACACGAA